AUGAUCCUCUACCUCGUUGGUGUAAUCCAAGCCGCACCUAUUACCAAUGCAACUACUACCAGCGAGUAUUUUGAAGCACCGUCAUUCACGAAUAGAACCCUGUGGAACAUCAUCUCCGGCUCCGUUCUCACUCUUUUCGCAUGUAUAUAUAGUGCCAUCCAUCCGAAUAUUCCGAGUCCUAAGGACAGCCCAUUUUGUAUCCUACGGCGGCGACUUGGCAUCAUGAUAGUGGCACUAAUUGCUCCUGAACUGGUCGUCAUAUGGGCUAUGCGCCAGUGGAUUAGCGCUCGUCACGUCACCAAAGACUUCAAAGAAUCAGGGUAUUUCAAUGUUCCUCGGUCGCAGGAGCAGUCAGAAAAUUACGCGUGGACUCAGACGCACAGUUUCUUUGUGCUGAUGGGCGGUUUCAUGCUUUAUGUGGACGGGAAACCCUACCGUACACUACUGCCUGACAAGGUUCUCGAGCUGAUACGUAAAGGGUGUAUUGAUGCCCCUACCCUAACGGCAAAGCGGAUCCACGACAAGAGCAAAGGCAAUGUGAUAUCGAAAGGAUUGAUCAUGCUUCAGGUGGCCUGGUUCAUUCUGCAGCUCAUCUCCCGCGCCAUCUAUCACCUCGAAACCACCCAGCUGGAAACGGGGACACUCGCCUUUGCGGUUCUCAAUUUCCUCACCUAUGCGCUGUGGUGGAAUAAGCCUAUUGAUGUUCAGUGUCCAUAUCCGGUGUAUUGGAAGUCGACCGAGUCAAAGCCGGAGGAUCACAUUCAUGAGUAUGUUUGCGCCUAG